AUGGGGAGAAGAAAUGAAAUUCAGGAGAAGCCAGAGGAGCUUGGCGAAGAAGACAUGGAUGACCCCAUGAAUGGCGAUGUGUGCAGCCUCUUCGACUACUCACAAAUGAAAUGGGCUGAAUGGGACGAAGAUGAUGACGAGAGUAUGUACAAUUGGGAAGAGGAGACAGGAUGCUUGGGCGUCUGGGAACUGAUUUUUUUGUUGAAAAUUGUUGCCUUAGGUCUAGACAAGUCGAAGAAGGUCGAAGGUGACGACUCUCUGUUCACUGAUCCACCUCGGGAGGAGGAGGAUGUCCAGCCAUCGAGCAGUGUCUCUUCCCAUAUGGAUCAGGUCAGUCUUGAAGAACAUGAGACUUGUAAGGACUUGCCCAAGUGUCAACGAGCAGAAAAUGGAGACACCAAGCAGUGUCCUGGGCUUGAGGAGGAUGAAAUUGUUGUGUUGGAAAGCCAGGAGCCUGGCACUGCAAAGAGCUCUCCAGUCUCAGCAUUGCAGUCAGAGGAGGGGGACCUGCCUUCAGACAAGGAAGGCACUUCCUUCUGCCAAAAGAAUAAAUAUCCUGAUUCCGCGCCGGGCCCGCCGGACACCUGCGCUCUGCUCCCUCCGCCCCCGGCCGCCGCCUCCGUCGCUUUUGCCGCCGCCGCCGCGGCCAGCGUGUCGGGCCCCGCCGCCGAGACGCCGUCUGCCAUCCAGAUCUGCCGGAUCAUGCGGCCAGAUGAUGCCAAUGUGGCUGGCAAUGUCCACGGCGGAACCAUCCUGAAGAUGAUCGAGGAGGCGGGCGCCAUCAUCAGCACCCGGCACUGCAAUAGCCAGAACGGGGAGCGCUGUGUGGCUGCCCUGGCCCGUGUGGAGCGCACUGACUUUCUGUCUCCCAUGUGCAUUGGGGAGGUGGCGCACGUCAGCGCGGAGAUCACCUACACCUCCAAGCACUCAGUGGAGGUCCAGGUCAACGUGAUGUCUGAGAACAUCCUCACAGGUAAAAAGCUGACCAAUAAGGCUACGCUGUGGUACGUGCCCCUGUCGCUGAAGAAUGUGGACAAGGUCCUGGAGGUGCCUCCUGUCGUGUAUUCCCGGCAGGAGCAGGAGGAGGAAGGCCGGAAGCGGUAUGAAGCCCAGAAGCUGGAGCGCAUGGAGACCAAGUGGAGGAAUGGGGACAUUGUCCAGCCCGUCCAGAACCCAGAGCCCAACACCGUGAGCUACAGCCAGUCCAGCCUGAUCCACUUGGUGGGGCCUUCGGAUUGCACUCUGCACGGCUUCGUGCAUGGAGGAGUCACCAUGAAGCUCAUGGACGAGGUGGCUGGGAUUGUUGCUGCACGCCACUGCAAGACCAACAUAGUCACUGCCUCCGUGGACGCCAUCAAUUUUCACGACAAGAUCCGGAAAGGCUGCGUCAUCACCAUCUCCGGGCGCAUGACCUUUACGAGCAAUAAGUCCAUGGAAAUUGAGGUGCUGGUGGAUGCCGACCCCGUGGUGGACAACUCCCAGAAACGCUACCGGGCAGCCAGUGCCUUCUUCACCUACGUGUCCCUGAGCCAGGAGGGCAAGUCGCUGCCUGUACCGCAGCUCGUUCCCGAGACCGAGGAUGAGAAAAAGCGCUUUGAAGAAGGCAAAGGACGGUACCUGCAGAUGAAGGCAAAGCGACAGGGCCAUACAGAGCCACAGCCCUAGACCCUUCUCCGCCAU